GCCCGCUCGCCCCUCCCCCCGGUGCCGCUCCGGCCGCUCCGCGCUCGCUCCGAGCUCCGGGCUCCUGCCACGCCAGCGCCGCUGCCGCCGCCUCCCUCCAGCCGCCAUCAUGAUCAUCUACCGGGACCUCAUCAGCCAUGAUGAGAUGUUCUCUGACAUUUACAAGAUCCGGGAGAUCGCGGACGGGCUGUGCCUCGAGGUGGAGGGGAAGAUGGUCAGUAGGACAGAGGGUGGCAUUGAUGACUCGCUCAUUGGUGGAAAUGCCUCUGCUGAAGGCCCCGAGGGUGAAGGUACCGAAAGCACAGUCGUCACCGGUGUUGAUAUUGUCAUGAACCAUCACUUGCAGGAAACUAGCUUCACAAAAGAAGCCUACAAAAAGUAUAUCAAAGAUUACAUGAAAUCAAUCAAAGGCAAACUUGAAGAACAGAGACCAGAAAGAGUAAAACCUUUUAUGACAGGGGCUGCAGAACAAGUCAAGCACAUCCUUGCUAAUUUCAAAAACUACCAGUUCUAUAUUGGUGAAAACAUGAAUCCAGAUGGUAUGGUUGCUCUCCUGGACGACCGUGAGGAUGGUGUGACCCCAUAUAUGAUUUUCUUUAAGGAUGGUUUAGAAAUGGAGAAAUGUUAACAAACUUGGCAAUUCCUUGGAUCUAUCACCUGUCAUCAUAACUGGCUGCUGCUUGUCAUCCACACGAUACCAGGACUUAGACAGAUGGACUGAUGCCAUCUUGAACUCAUUUAUUUUGACCUUGAUUUAUUUGGAGCGGAGGCAUUGUUUUUAAGAAAAACAUGUCAUGUAGGUUGUCUAAAAAUAAAAAUGCAUUUAAACUCA